AUGUUCUCUACACGCUUUUUCAUCAAGCCCUGUUAUAAUAGACCUUAUGUCCGGACUCAGUCAACUAUUUCAGUACGAACGGUCAAGGCCCGGUCUCUAGGUCUCGGUUCAGCAGCUACUGCUAUUGGUACUUUGGCAGUAACUUGGUAUGGCGGAAAAUACUACUUGAACGAACGGCCAAAAGCUGCAAAUGUGCAAAGGCUCAGUAAUCUACCUAGUAUCGACCCCGAGAGCAAGUAUCCCUUCCAGUUUCUUGCCCCUCCUACGCCGGCCGAAGUAACCAAGAUAUUGAACCAAAACACCUGGUCUUUCACCAACAUUAGCGUCCCUGGUGUUUCUCGAUGUGAUGGGGCACAGAUCCCCGCAAAUGGAUUAAUUGAAGACCGUUUUCUCUACGGGAUCUUCCCGUCGCCAUUCCAGAAAGACGGAGGAGCUCUUGAGAAGGACUGGCUAGCCCUGGGGGUAUUCGAUGGCCACUCCGGCAGCCAGACUUCAGAAGCAGUGUCUACAUCCAUCCUACCAUACGUGUAUAACAGCCUCCGCAAGCUGACGCGUUCCGCAAAUGGCACCUCAAUAGACAAGGCCAUUAUGGACGGCUUCCUCGCACUAGACGACGUCUUCAUAGGGCAAAUCCAACAGAAAAUGAACAGCAAAGCCUCAUUCGCCGAGAAAGUCCUACGUCUAGCUCCCGGAUUCAACGGAUCCUGUGCCCUACUCGCGCUUUUCGACCCCUCUACUCGUACUCUGCGCGUUGCUUGCACAGGCGACUCUCGCGCGGUCCUAGGCUACCAGACCGCCGAAGGGAAAUGGGAAACACGGCCUUUGUCAGUGGACCAAAACGUCAAGAACGCCGCCGAGGUAGAACGUGUCCGCUGCGAACACCCCAAUGAAGAGAACCUGAUCAGAGAAAGCUAUUACAUGGGUUACGAACCCACGCGCGUCUUCGGCGACGGCAAAUCGAAGUGGCCGCUUGAGCUGAGCAACGAGGCUAAGGAGCGCUUUAACGCUGGCCAUGCACAGAAACCAGAGAGAUACAAGACGCCUCCGUAUCACACGGCACGACCAGAAGUAGUGACCACGCAGUUAGAGAAGGGACGCCCGGCGUUUAUGAUCCUCGCGUCGGAUGGGGUGUGGGAUACCAUGUCCAGCGAGCAGGGCGUGGCGCUCGUGGGAAGAUGGGUGGAUUGGGUGAAGGCUGGGAAGCCAGCUCAGAAAGAAGUCAGUGAGUUCGGAGAGUUCGAUCUUAAGGAGGAGGGAGCGCUGGAUUUUAAGGAGGCGAAGACGACGGUGCAGGAUGAGAAUGUGGGGGUUCAUCUGAUUAGGAAUGCGUUGGGAGGGGCGCAUCAUGAUAUGGUUAGUGGGUUGUUGUCUUUUAAGCCGCCGUUUGCCAGGAAGGUUAGGGAUGAUAUGACGGUGCAGGUUGUUUUCUUUGAUUGA